AUGCCAAGCUCAGCCCACAAAGACAGCGGGCUAACUCACUGCGUCUUUACCAACAGUGUGCGAAGUUUGCUUAGCCGGGGGACGUCGGUCAGGUCUGCCCGUGGCAACCUUCGGAAUUCAGACACAGCGGCCAGUGCACCGCCUCCGCAGCAUCUCCGCACCGACAGCAUGAGUGCCUCCGCCUCUGCGCAUCAAACGGCUCGGCCCGUCUUCGACGGAGGGAUGGCCGAUGAGGCAGCUGCUGUUAACGCGCCAGGCCCCUUUUGGAGGCACCAGAGCGAAGAGACCCUCUUCCGGCCCCCCAAGGUCCCCUUCCCACCUCCCAGCAGCGUCUCAGUAGAGGCUGUUUGGUCCUGGCAGAUGGGAGAAGGCUUGUGGAUUCCCUUCGAUCUCCGAGUCAUGCAUCUUCUGGAGAGCCUUUGGGUGCACUUACAGGAGCGUGACGCCCCUCCACACGCAGUCCAGGGGACGCGGGAGGAGACUCAGGAGUCACAGCAGCCACAGGAACAGCAAGAACAAGAGCAAGAACAGGAGGACGAGCAGGGACAAGAAUUGGGGCAGGAAUGGGAAGGGGAUGAUGAACAGGAUGUGGGGGACCAAACGGGAGGGGGGGGCCCAGAAUCGUUUGUGCAGCAGAGCCAGAGGCUGUACGUACAGCUUCUGCCGUGGCGUUAUUGCUUGGACCUGCGUACGAUGACACAGAAGAAUCUCUCGACCCACAGAGUGAGGCCUAUCCGCAGGGUUUUUGAGACGGUGGGCUUGUGGUUCGCCCGUGGGACGGACGGAUACGCAGAGAGGUUUGCGCCAGAGUUGGAGGUCCAUUUGGAAGGCGUUUGGCAAGACUCGCGGGACGGGAGGAGGUCACCCGGACCGCUAGUCAUUGCUUGGCAGGACCCGAGCACGGGCAGUGUACACUACACGGACGUCCGCGCAAUGAAAGAGUCGACGGGAAAUGGCAACCACAGAGAGAUCAUGCGCAUGGAGCUCGUCUGCGUGCCCCAUGACCGUUCAGUGCCCACUGACGAUUACGACAAAGCAGGACAUCCGCUUCCUGUGUUACCUUCCCUAGCGGUUGGCAAAGAAGAGUCCGGGGAGGCUUUCUGUAGGGGGCACAGAGAGUGGUUCGAUCCAGAAGAUUUCCAGGCAGCUCUCGCUACGGUACACGCAGACGAAAUACCCGACGAUGCUUGCGCUAUCUGCCUCGAGACCUUUGUGGUCAGAGCCAGCAGAGACUCGCAGGAAAAUCAGCAGCAGGAAUUACAACAAACCGAUGCCAAUGCCCGAGCUAACAGCGUCAGCAGGGGCAUCAGCAGCAAUGUGAGCAACAGCAGCAGCGGGGACAGCAGUCCUAGCAGCAGCAGCAGCAGCAGCAGCAGCAGCGGAAGUAUCGGGAACAACAGUAAUGGGAGCAGCAGCAGUAAAUGUGGUAGCAGCUGCUGCAAAAACAGCAGCGACAGGGACCGCAGCACGCAGGAACGCCUGCAGAGUCUCAGCGUCUCAGAAGGCUGGAGUGAAGUGGAGCCUUCUGAAAUCAUCGACUGCGAGGCCAGCAAUACCUCCAAAUCAAACUUUAUGGACUGCAGCAGCAGCAACCAAGAGGUUGUGAAGCUGCGGCACUGCCCGCACCACUUCCAUUACGACUGGAAAAUGUCUUGGAGGAUCUCCCGGCACUCUUUGCUUGAGGGGCAUCCCACAGAUGGGACCAUCAUUAUAGAGUACGUGGUUGAGGGAGGCAUUCAGACGGAGAGGCACGCUCACCCUAACACUCCUUUCACGGGCACUCGGCGACAGGCGUUCCUGCCGGAUUGGGUGCUGCGUUACGGGUACCCCGAUGACACGUUUUUGUUGCGCCUGGCUGAGGAGCUCAGAGCGCGAGGCUUUCCCUUAGAGCAUGAUCAACCGAAUGAAGGAAUGAGUUGGCCUGUAGCCUUGCCCCACCAAGUACAUGAAAAGGACGAGGAACAAAGCGAUGCUGCUUUGCGGUAA